ACCUUAUUUAUUUUGUUAUCAUGGCUCCUGUUUUCACCAAUUCCAAUGGAUGUCCAAUUCCUGACCCAUUUGCUACCCAAAGAGUCGGCAAACACGGUCCCUUGUUAUUACAAGACUUUAACUUGAUUGAUUCUUUGGCUCACUUUGACAGAGAAAGAAUUCCUGAAAGAGUGGUUCACGCCAAAGGUUCGGGCGCUUACGGGGAGUUUGAGGUGACUGAUGAUAUCACCGACGUGUGUGGAGCGGCGUUUUUGGACACCAUCGGUAAGAAAACCCGGGUGUUCACCAGAUUCUCCACUGUCGGGGGCGAGUUGGGCUCGGCUGAUACCGCCAGAGACCCCAGAGGUUUUGCCACCAAGUUUUACACCGAAGAAGGUAACUUGGACUUGGUGUACAACAACACGCCUAUUUUCUUUAUCAGAGACCCCUCCAAGUUCCCCCACUUUAUUCACACGCAAAAGAGAAACCCCCAAACUCAUUUGAAGGAUGCCAACAUGUUUUGGGACUACUUAACCAGUAACCAGGAAGCCACCCACCAGGUGAUGUUUUUGUUCUCAGACCGUGGAACCCCAGCCAGUUAUAGGGAAAUGAACGGGUACUCGGGCCACACCUAUAAGUGGUCCAACAAAAAGGGCGAAUGGUUCUACGUGCAAGUGCACUUUAUUUCUGACCAAGGUAUCAAGACUUUAAGCAAUGAGGAAGCUGGUGCUUUAGCAGGUUCUAACCCCGACUAUGCUCAAGAAGAUUUGUUUAAGAAUAUUGCUGCCGGUAACGGUCCUUCCUGGACCUGUUAUGUUCAGACCAUGACUCAAGAACAGGCCAAGCAGGCACCAUUUUCGGUGUUUGAUUUGACCAAGGUCUGGCCUCAUAAGGACUACCCCAUGAGGAGAUUCGGUAAGUUUACCUUGAACGAAAACCCCAAAAACUACUUUGCUGAAGUUGAACAAGCUGCCUUUUCUCCAGCUCACACCGUUCCUUACAUGGAACCAAGUGCGGAUCCAGUGUUACAAUCAAGAUUGUUUUCGUAUGCUGACACUCACAGACACAGAUUGGGAGUCAACUAUACUCAGAUCCCUGUUAACUGUCCUGUCACCGGUGCCGUGUUCAACCCACAUAUGAGAGAUGGUACCAUGAAUGUGAAUGGCAACUUGGGAGAACAUCCAAACUACUUGGAUACUUCCAAACCACUUGAAUUCAAGCAAUUUGGCUUACAAGAAGAGCAAGAGGUUUGGGAAGGUGCUGCUUGUCCAUUCCACUGGAAAUGUGAAGAUGACAAGGACUUUACUCAAGCCACUGCUUUGUGGCAUGUGUUGGCCAAAUAUCCUAAUCAGCAGGCUCACUUGGCACAUAAUGUGGCUGUUCAUGUUUGUGCAGCCGAUGCCCAUAUUCAAGACAGAGUGUUUGAGAUGUUUGGAAAAGUCCACCCAGACUUGGCCAAUUUGAUCAAGAAGGAGACCUUGGAGUUGGCCCCUAGAAAGUAGGAGUAUUUAAUAAUAUAACUGAUACGAGUAUAUAAAAGCUGGGGAUCGCGUAGAUUUAAUAAUGAUCUGAAAAGUUGCGAGGCACUUCAUGAAAUCGUACAUUUAACUAUCAAGUUGAUCAUAAUUUGGUGGUGUUGCACGAGGCACACGAACAAGCGCUUCCGCACUUGCAGGAAGUUCCACAACACCCAGACGAGCUGGACGUUGAGCUGGAAGUGUUGGAGGAGGUGUUCUUUCCGCUCAUAGUU